AUGGCUGCUUCUUCCUCUGCAUCUCGCUCUGCCAAGCAAUGGAAGUAUGAAGUUUUCUUGACCUUCAGAAGUAAAGGCGCUAGCGAUUAUUUUACCAGCCAUCUUUAUUCUUUUUUGCGUUGUAAAUGGAUAAAUACCUAUGGUGAUGACAAACUUUACGGAGGAGGAGAAGAGAUAACAUUAGAGCAUUUGGAAGUGAUUAAAGAGUCAAAGAUUGCUGUAAUUGUUUUCUCGAAAGACUUUGCUUCUUCAACAUUACGCUUGGAUGAAGUGGUUAAGAUAAUUGAAUGUAGUGAAACUUAUGGAAAGAUAGUCGUGCCGGUAUUUGUGAAUUCCUUUUUAAAUUUUGGCUUGUCAGAGUUAUGGCUUGUUGAUGAUAUUGUAGAAGAUAUUAUAAAAAAACUGAGCCAGUGUAAAACAACCCUUGCCAAAGCUGUUUUCAAGAGGAUAGCAUGUCGAUUUAAAAGCUGGGAAAAAGGUGUUGGCAUCAGCCUUUCUAAUAUUCUGCGCUCUCCUGCUGUCAAAAGAAAGAUCAAUAAAAAGGUUCUAAUUGUUGUGGAUGAUGUGAAUAGAACACAACAAUUUAAAUUUUUUGAAAACAAUCGUUGUUUCUUUGGCAAAGGAAGCAGAAUCGUUGUAACCACUAGAGACAAACAAAUGAUUUUGAGCAGUGUCGAUGACAUAUACGAAGUUAAUGAAUUAUAUUUCUUUGAGGCCCGAACACUUUUAAGGCAGAAUGUCUUUAAGAAAACCUCUCCAAUAGAAGAUUAUCGGCAUCUAUUAUCUCGGUUUCUUAAAUUUGCUAAAAACAAUCCCUUGGCUCUAAAAGUCUUAGGCUCCUUUUUAUCUGACAAGAACCAAAAAGAAUGGAAACGUGUUCUGGAUGACCUGGAAAGGCUUCCUAUUAGAGGUGUUCAGGAUGUCUUGAAAAUUAGUUUUUAUAGCUUCGACGACGACGAAAAGGAUAUCUUUCUCUACAUUGCCUGUUUUUUUAGAGGACAUAGUAGAAAAGAGGUGACAAGAAUUCUUAAUUGUUGCGGCUUGAAUGUAGAUAUUGGAUUAUGUGUUCUCAUGGAUAAAUCUCUUAUAGCUGUUUUUGGUAAGAUAGAAAUGUAUGAAUUGCUGCAAGAAAUGGGAAAGGAAAUUUUUCUCCAAGAAUCUAGAGAGCCAUGCAAAAGGAGUAGAUUAUGGGAUCAUGAAGAAAUUGUUAGUGUGCUCACAAAUAGUCAAGGAACUGAUGCAAUUGAAGCGAUAUUCCUGGACUUGUCCAAAAUUAAAGCCAUUGACUUAAAUCCAGAUGUUUUUAAGGGAAUACCUCAUCUAAAAUACUGUCAUUUUCCUAUGGGUCUGAAACAGAAACAGUCUCUUCUUGUCUUUGCCAUCUUGUCUUUUACUUCAUCUCGCACUCCGUGCUAUCAUCUUUUAAAGAUUGUUAGUCUUAUAUUAUGUCUGUUUACAUCACAGUUGCCUGUGCAUUAUCGCUUAAUGUCCUACAGAAAAGAGAUAUUUAAUCUCUUCGUGAACCUUCCUGGUUCAGGCGCAGCUGUUAUGUAUACGGUCUUCGUUCUGGGAGAUCAAUGA